CUGCCCCCGAUCUCCCGGGAGGAAGGCAACAGCUUCCAGCGGCGGUAGAGGGGCGUGUGCCGGGGACCUGCAGGCUGCCGCCCCGCCCCGCGCCUUCCCCGGCCCGGCGGGGUUGGGCGGGUGCUGGGGAGCGCAAGCUGCUUGGCCAGCCCCGGAGCAGCCGCCUUCACUGUGUGUGCGUGUGAAGCCGGGGGAGAUUUGGGAGGUUCAGGGGCUCGUUGCCAUGGCUCCCGGGAAGCUCCCCCGAAGGAGAUAUUGAUGCCAGUCACGGAGGGAGCCUCCUUCCUUUCAGCGCGUUCCCCCUGUUUUGGUGGCGGCGGCGGGGGCGAGGCGAAGCGAAGCGAUUAAUUCGGAGCGCUGGGACGGGGCAGCUGCUGCCCAAGAACCGCAGCUCCAGCCGGGCGCGUCUCCCUUUCCCCUGCGAUCUCCGGGCUCUUCCCGGCCAGGGACGUUAACCACCAAAAAGCAAGCCCCCCUCCCCGCCCGCCCUGAGCUGGAACCAGCAAGCCCAGAUGCAGUAAAGUGGGAAGAAUGAUCCAGAUUUAAAACUGCAGAUUGUGGCAGGAGUUGAUGAAGAAGGAGCUGAAUUCACUGAUUUGCAAGUGCACAUCCUUACGUCUCAGUUGAACGGAAGGUGGGAGAAAAACAUUCUUUCAUUCUGUUUGGAAUCCCUGUUUACAGAAGAGAGAUGGAGAUACUGUUAAGCACAAAAAGGAUCAACAUAUGUCUGCUUUUCUUUGUAUUAAAUUUGGCAGAAGGUAUUGAAAUACCAUUAUCAGUUGCACAAGUUCCAACAAUUACAGACCAAUCCAUGACCCAAGUUGCAUACCCUUUUGAUGAAGACUUUACAAUUAAAUGUGAAGCUAAAGGAAAUCCACAACCCACUUUUAAUUGGACUAAAGAUGAGAAACCAUUCAAUCUACUAUCUGACCCCAGGAUAAUUGCAUCCAGAAAUUCAGGAACCUUUGUGAUCCAAAAUCAGGGGAUGAUAGCUGAUUUUCAAGGGAAAUACCGUUGUUAUGCUUCAAAUGAACUGGGCACUGCCAUGUCAGAAGAAAUCGAAAUAAUAGUUCCAAGUGUACCAAAAUUCCCAAAAGAAAAGAUUGAGCCAAUUGAGGUAGAGUAUGGUGAUGCUGUUGUUUUGCACUGUAAUCCUCCCAGAGGAAUUCCACCUUUGCAUAUCUAUUGGAUGAAUAUUGAUUUACAACACAUUCCACAAGAUGAAAGGGUCUCCAUGAGCCUUAAGGGAGAUUUAUACUUCGCAAAUGUGGAAGAAAAUGACAGUCGAAGUGAUUAUUGUUGCUUUGCAGCAUUUCCCAGGCUGCGGACAAUCGUACAGAAAAUGCCAAUGACACUGAUGGUUACACGUACUAAUUUCAUCAAGGAAAGAAAACCCAAAAUACUGAUACCACCCGAAUCUUUUGGUAGCAGCUCAUCAGUUACUGUCAUCAAAGGGGGAGUUCUACUACUUGAAUGCAUUGCUGAAGGGCUCCCAACUCCACAUCUUAACUGGAUCAUGGCUGGUAGAGAUUUGCCCAAGGACAGAGCAGUGACAGAAAGUUUUGGAAAGGUUUUGAAGAUAGAACAAGUAUCUGCAGCAGAUGAAGGAACUUAUGAGUGCACAGCAAGCAAUUCUAUGGGGAGAGUGAAACAUGAGUUUCAAGUUCAUGUGGAAGAACCUCCUCGGUGGAUAAAGAAACCCACAAGUGAUGUUUACAGCAUAGAGUCAACUGCUUUGCUAUUGUGUGAAGCUACUGGCAAACCUGAGCCAACUAUAAAGUGGAAACGUAAUGGGAUGCCUAUUGAUAAACGGACCUAUAGGGGCAGAGUCUCCGCUGGGGAGAUCAGCAUUACCAACCUACAACUGCAGGACAGUGCAGUAUAUCAGUGUGAGGCAACUAACAAGCAUGGUGCCAUCCUUGCCACUGCCAAUGUGAAUGUUUUAAAUAUUGCUCCAUUAGUGCUAACCUCAGACAGUGAAGACUAUGCCACAGUUGCUGGUUUCAAUGCUUUCUUGCACUGUCAAGUUUUUGCUUCACCUUCCGCUGUCAUUACUUGGAUGAGGGAUGACAGCACAAUGCCACUUGAAGGUCUGCGGUACACUGUAUAUGAAAAUGGCACCUUGGAGAUCAGAGAGACACAGAAAGAAGAUUCUGGGUCGUACACUUGUUGGGUGACAAAUUUGGUUGGAAAAAGUGCAAUCACUGCCAAUCUGGGUAUCAGAGAUGCUACAAAACUUCUUGUUACUCCUGAAAACCCACAAGUGUUGAAAUCACAUUCAGUUUUAUUGAAAUGUCAGUCUGAAUAUGACUCGCACUUGAAACAAAGUUUUAAAUUAUCCUGGAGGAAAGAUGGAGAUGAGUUGCAAAUCAACAGCACAGAAGAUGGCAGGAUAAUUCCUGAAAUGGAUACGUUGUUCAUAUCAAGUGUGACAUUAGAGGAUCAAGGCAUUUACACCUGUGUAGCUAGUACAUCUCUGGACAGUGUCACAGCCGAAUCCCAAUUACUUGUCCUUGAUGUUCCUGACCCACCAGAAGAGCUUCUUCUCUCAGAAAAACAGAACAGAAGUGUUAGAUUAUCCUGGAAAGCAGGAGGCAGUCACAACAGUCCCAUUUAUGAGUCCAUUGUAGAAUUUGAAGUGAAUCGUUGGGAGCCUGGGAAGUGGCAGGAACUCACAAGAAUCCCAGGGAACAACACAGCCGUUGUUUUAUCGUUGGCUCCUUAUAUGAAUUACCAGUUCCGUGUUAUAUCCGUUAAUGGUGUUGGAAGAAGCAAGGCUAGCGCUUCAUCAGCACGCUAUGAAACACCUCCCACUGCUCCAGACAAGAACCCAGAAAACAUCCGAGUUGAAGCUUCUGAACCAAAUGAAAUGGUUAUGAAAUGGGAGCCAUUGAAACCCAUGGAGCAAAAUGGACCGGGACUGGAGUACAAAGUCAGCUGGCGACAGCAGGGAGUAGAGACGGACUGGAAUGAGGAAACUGUAAAAAAACAUUCCUUGACAUUGAGGAAUACUCCUACCUUUGUGCCUUAUGAUAUCAAAGUCCAAGCUGUAAACAAUUUUGGAUCUGGUCCUGAACCAAAUGUUACCACUGGAUAUUCAGGAGAGGACAUUCCAGAUGCUGCUCCUUCAAGUGUAAUUGUGGAAGUGAUGAAUAGUACGCUGGUUAAAGCGAUCUGGUCCGGCAUUCCAAGAGACCGAGUUCGUGGACACUUAAAAGGAUAUAAGGUCAUUUGGUGGAAAACAAGGAGUUUGCUGGAUGGGAAACAACAUCACCCAGAUAAACACUUCCUAACAUUUACAGGAGACAGAAACUAUGGCAUGAUUCCUGGUCUAGAGCCAUUUAGUGAAUUUCACUUAACUGUUUCGGCUUUCAAUGCAAAAGGAGCUGGACCUGAAAGCUCUCCAACUGUAUUCCAAACUCCAGAAGGAGUCCCUGAACAGCCACAUUUUCUAAGAUUACUAAACAAAGAUAAGGAUUCUGUCACUUUGUCAUGGGGACUUCCCAGAAAACCAAAUGGCUUCCUUACUGGCUACAUUUUGCAAUAUCAGAUAAUAAAUGAGACAGAUGAGAUUGGAGCAUUGAAUGAUGCCAAUAUUACAAACCCUUCGACUUUCAGCUGGAGGAUUUCAAAUCUGAUCUCCAGCACCAAGUAUAAAUUCUAUGUGAGGGCCUGUACUAUAAAAGGCUGUGGGAAACCAAUCACAGAAGAAGGACUAACAAUGACAGAAGGGAGUAAAGGGAUCGGGAAGAUUUCAGAAGCAGUAAAUCCCACCCAAAAGUUUCACCCCAUUGAGGCACUUGAGCCUGGUACUGAAUAUACAGUUCGUCUAGUGACUAAGAAUUGGGUUGAUAACAAUAGCAUUUUUGAAGAUGUAAUUGAGACGAGGGAGAGAGCUUAUGCUGGCAUUUAUGAGGGAGUUUCCACCCAAGGCUGGUUUAUUGGACUGAUGUGUGCCAUCGCUUUGCUUACCUUAUUGCUGCUAACUAUGUGCUUUAUCAAAAGAAAUAAAGGAGGAAAAUACUCAGUGAAAGAAAAAGAGGAUUUGCAUCCAGAUCCUGAAGCUCAAUCAAUUAAAGAUGAGAUCUUUGGGGAAUAUAGUGACAGCGAUGAGAAGCCACUCAAAGGCAGCCUCCAGUCACUUAACGGGGACAUUAAAGCUACAGAAAGUGCUGAUAGUUUGGUAGAUUAUGGAGAAGGGGACCAAAGGAUGUUUAAUGAAGAUGGUUCAUUUAUUGGCGUUUACGCUGGAUCUAAGGAAAAAGGAUCAAUCGAAAGCACUGGAAGUUCUACAGCAACUUUUCCUCUCCAUGCAUAAAAUAUUAACAUAAAUGAUUCAUUUCAAAUUUCCAUAUUUAUCUUGACUAGUAAUCAACUAUUACCAUAUGUGAUCAGAAGUAGAUUGCAGAAUGAAUCAAUCAGAACCCCAACCUCCAGGUAAUAUGGGAAUUAGUCGCUGCUAUCAAAACAUGACUUUUGAGACUUUUCAGUCCUGAUUGUUCAGGUGUUUUCAUUCAUAAAAAACAGGUGAAUAAUACUCUCACAUACAAUAUAUACCACUCAGUCUGAUGAAAACCAUAGCUUCUCAGUGUUACAUAUGUAUAUAGAUACUUCUUACCCUACAUGUUUCUCUAUAUAACUUUCUAUUUCCUGUAUGCUUUGUCACUUUGUAUGUACAUUUAAAUCCAGUAUUCCCUAAUAUAUAAUGACCUUAGCAUGGUGGAGGUCAGAAGAUAGUGGGAGUGGGAGAAGGGAGAUUACUUUAAAAGUUAACACCAAGAAAAAAAUAAUUGAAAACACUAUAGAAAUGCAUUCCAUAAAUUAUUUAAUGUUCACAAAGAAAAAGAAAGUCUGUUUAAGUAAUUCUAGAAUUAGUGGAUCUAGAGCUGAUUGCAAUUACUUAGAGACAUAGCUUUAUCCAAAAGUAAUUUGAUCUCAAACUUGCUCUCAAAAGAAACAGGUUCCGAUCUUCUCUCCAGUAGCUGUCACUCUUUCCUUAAACAAGUUUAGUUACACUAGUUUUCCUUUGGCAGAGGAUAACGAGGCUCAUCCCACAUCUGUUCGAUGUGUCAAGGAAGCAGGAUCAGGUCUUUAGACAACUAAAAAGGCCACCUGAAUCUGCCACCCAAGAUCCUUGAAAGCUGCAUUUCUAAGCAACUGUGUUUUGUCUGCCUUCUGUCUGUAUAUUUGUAUGUGAGCAUACAUUUCAGGAAUGCAUUGUGCAUAUUAUUUACAGUGUUGCUGUAGUAAUGUUGGUCCCAGGAUACCAGAGAGACAUGGUGGGUGAGGUAAUAUCUUUUUUUUGUACCAGUUUCUGUUGGGGAAAGAGCUACACAGAGUUCUUGAGCUACACAGAGUUCUUCAGAAGAAGACGUUGGUCCAAUAAAAGACAUCCACCUUGUCUCUCUUGUACAUAUUAUGUUAAUAUUUACAUAACUGAAAACACAGACUGGUUUUAAUUUGAAGUGAGAAAAUUAUCCUAGCACGACUCUGUAUUGCUAUGUAGAAAUAGAGGGACUAGUUGGGUAUGAAAGAGUCAUAUAUUAGCUUUUCCUCUUUCUUUUGGAUAAUACUUAAAAUAAUUGUUUCUCUCCAAAAAAUAAACCCUGAAUAAUUAGGGAUUUUUUUAAAAAAAUUAUUUUCACAUCCUGCAUUGUUACUUUUUUUAAAAAUGGAUUACACUGGAGUUUCUUUUCUAUAUGGUUUACUGAAUAAGGUUUAAAAUUCCCAAUGGAGCUGUUCCUUUCUUUACUACUCAUUCCUUUUUAUAUUUGGUCUUCCAGUUAUUUUUAAAAGUUUGUUGGGUUUUUUUUCUUUUAUAUUUUGUUAACUUUGGUACAGUGCAAAUGUUCCUUGUAGUUCUAUGUUGUUCUUUUAAAAUGAUUGUAUCUGCAUAAUUACAAUUUAGCCAUUGUUAGAAGGAGAAAUUUUACUAUAUACAAGCUAAUUCCUGCAAAAUCUUUUAUACACGAGUAGUCCUUAGGCAAAUAGCUCUAUUAAUUUCAUCGCAAGUACUUCAGUGGAAAUAAUAGUGUAAGUAAAGACUACUCCCAUGAAUAAGGGUUUGCAGAAUCAGAUCCAGAAUUACAACUUUAUGAGCUUCACGAUGCACAUUAUAAAAUAAUUAUAACACUGGUUUUAAUUUUAUACAAUACCUAAGGGACCAGCUCCCAUUCAUGUACUUAAAUGAAGUGGCUUGAGUUUCAAAAGUUCUCAACAACAAUUGAAAACAAUGGUAGCUGUUGGGUGCUGGCCCUAAAUCUACCAUCUAUUUGGAAUAAAGGCCAAUGGGACUACUUAUAGGUAGCUUGUAAGAGUAUGAUAUGGUCAUAGGAUAAAAUAGCUAGCACACUAUCCUGUAUUAUUAGUACCUCAGAUCCCUAAAACUGGGAGAAUUUGACAAAUGUCUCACUCUUUGCACUGUAUAUUUUUUACAGUUAAUUCAACUUGAUCACUGAAAAGGGACUGGUCAGCUUGGGAGGGGGAGAGGGAAGGGAAGGGUCUCACACACAGAAGUUCUGGCAAGAAACUGAAACCUUACAUCCUGUCCCAAGUCACACAGGGUGACUUUUUUCAGGACUCCAGACAAAUUAACCGACAGGAUGAGUGUCCACUGACACUAGUGCAUGAGAACCUGAAACUGAAAGAAACUGGGAAUGGACCAGACUUGUGUUACAAUUUUCAAUUUUUUGCAUAAUCACAGGUUUCAGAGUAGCAGCAGUGUUAGUCUGUAUUCGCAAAAAGAAAAGGAGUACUUGUGGCACCUUAGAGACUAACAAAUUUAUUAGAGCAUAAGCUUUCGUGAGCUACAGCUCACUUCAUCGGAUCCGAUGAAGUGAGCUGUAGCUCACGAAAGCUUAUGCUCUAAUAAAUUUGUUAGUCUCUAAGGUGCCACAAGUACUCCUUUUCAAUUUUCAAUUUGUUGCUAGUCUAUUCCUAAUCCAUUUCACUUUUAGGGACUCUGCACUAGCAUAGGGGAGCAAUGUUUGGCUAGCAGAGGAAAGUUUCCUUGCCUUCUUAAUUAUUUCCACUGAAUAUUCUUUUUUUUUAAUUGAAAUGUUUUGAUUGCCUUGGAUUUUGUAAACAUUAAAUUUUACCUCUUCAUCUUUUCCCUUCCUAUCCUCUAAAGAAACUCUUAAUAGGACAGGGUGAGCCCCUAGUUAGCCUUAUCCAGGAAGAUGGAGUAUUAAGUCCCCAACCACCACUGCUCCCAUCCACAAAUUACUGGCCUUUCUAGUUUGUUUUUAAUGGUCCAUUGAGUAGCCAGAGCCUCUCCUCUUCUCCCCUACUGCUGUGCCAACUUCUGUAGGUGGCACAGAAUCCUCAGAGAGAAAUCUGAUUGUGGAGGAGGGAAAGGUCCAGACUAGGGUGUUAGAGUGUAUUAGCAAAAAGAAAAGGAGUACUUGUGGCACCUUAGAGACUAACAAAUUUAUUUGAGCAUAAGCUUUCGUGAGCUACAGCUCAUAAGAGCUCAAUUACAGAAGUCUGCCUUCUUCUAUUCCCCAUAGCUACUAAACAACUCCUCUGUGAAAAGGGUUUGGACCUCUGAUAGGGGCAAAGCUUUUAGGAUUGUGGGACACUGCCAUCUGCAAGUUUGGAUGGCUGCUCACACUCACACAUUAGGUACGAUAUGAGCCAUUAAAAGUCAGCAAAGGUAUGCAUUUUUCUUGCACUUACAGGAUGUUCGGUUUAACUGGAGUCAUUGUCCCAGAAACAUCUAUGUUAAACAGACACAAAUUUCAGACCACAUUAGUGGGACAGCCUCUUAUCAAAUAAUGAAUAAGCAUCCUGUGCUAUGACUUGCUCAUUUGUAGCUUAAAGUUGCUGAUGACAUUCCUGUGAUGUGCUAUUCAUCUGUUUCGGUAUGAGUACUUUUUCUAUUAUUUUUUUUUAUUCAGACUCUUAAAUCUUAAUGUUCAUGAUUCAUUACUCCUCAGGGCCUAAAAAUCACACUGUGAUAAAAAGAUGUGCAAUGAAAUUUUUUACAUGUGCACUGACUUUUUAGGAUUCUGCCCAAUGAAUAUUAAACAAACGUCUGAAAUUCCCAGAGAUUCUUGUGUCUGUCUAGCUCCAUUCUCUUUCUUGAGUAAUUCUUUUUCAGCAGGGAUUUUUUUUAAAGGCACCACUAUAUCUACUUUAUAUCCUGGAAUGUGCAGAAGAUUAAAAUAUGCUUCCAAAAGAGAUGUCAUUUUAAAAACAAAAAAGCAAAACAGUUUAUACUUUUGGAACCAAUUUUUCCUUUCAUUCAAACAGGCCAGUUCCAUUCAUUUCAGUGGGGUUUGGUGUGAAGAAGGGGACAUUUUGACACUUGCAUUGCAUUUAAAGUUUUAGCACCAUAAAUGUAGUACCACAAUUAAGAGAACAGGUAUUUCUGGUAUUUUUCAGAAGUGCUUGAAAUCCUCUUAAUAAAAUAACAUUUUGGAAAUCUGUAAUGAUUUUUCAUUUCAUUUGUUACAUAAAAAAAACUCCUCCUAUCUUAACUGCUUAUUAAAACUGCAUACACUGAAUGAGACAAGGGUCUUAUGAAAAAAAAUGCCAUGUGAUCAUGUAGUAUAUCUCAUAAUACAUACACACACGAAAGCUGAAUUAAGGUUGCAUAUGAAAUCUUAAUUCUGACCUUUCCUAAUUUUUUUGAUUUGGACUUUACAACUGUAACUAAUAUUUUUAAACAUAGAUUUUUGUCUGUAAUUUCUUAGGUUUCUUUUAAAGGAAAAAGUAAAAACAAAUUUUAAUUAUAUGGAAAUACAACAGCUCCCCCUAUCAUACAUCAUCAGUCAGUUUGAAUCCUAAACCUCCAGCACAGCUUGAGGACUUAAUUACAGUAACCAUUUUAGUUAGCAGUAAGAGAAAAAUUGAUAUUCCAUAGAAGGUGUGACUAGGUUAUGGAGUCACGUGCUGGGUCUAAGGAAAAUGAAGAGAUUACUAUGAGUGUGGAACAGCUCUCCUCUUUUCAACCUUCUGGAGGUGAGGGAAGCUCCUUCCCUAUUUGGUACUCCUGCAGGAAGCAGAGGGAAGGGCUUUUAGAAAGGAGAAAAGCUUGGCUCUCUCUCCCCUCACACCUGUUCUGUCUGUUGCUGCUUUGAUGGUGGCAUGGGAUCAAGCUUAGAUUAGAAUGUUAAUUCUAUUAUUAUUUUGGCAUGCUGCCAACAUUUUACUGGCAACACAAGUCACAGAAGAGUAAAGGUGAUUUUCAGAAGCUUAUAUCUCAUCCACACCUGAAUGGAAUUUCAUCUGUCAAAGAAAAGGCACUUCUCUGGUCUCAGGGAUUUCUCCCUGAUGAAUUUCAAAGGCCCACUUUAAACAAUGGAGGUAAUAGAGCUACUCAAAGAAAAGGUUGCAAAAAUCAUUUAUAAUGAAAAGUCUUAGGUAAGCAAAAUACAGGGGGUUACUCCUCCCUGGUAAUAAGGACCAAACACUUUACUCAUGUUGGAUAAUCCUAGCCUCCACUAGUAUUCCCAUUUACUCUAAUACUACAUACUCAUGGAGUAUGGCCUAUUCAACAUGGGUAAGGACAUUAGAAUCUGGCCCUCGUAUAUCAGAGCAUUACAUUUUAAAAUAUGCACAAUCCACCCAAGAAAGAAAGCUUGCAUAAUAUUUGGUGACAGAGUAGCAGCCGUGUUAGUCUGUAUUCACAAAAAGAAAAGGAGUACUUGUGGUACCGUACAGACUAACAAAUUUAUUUGAGCAUAAGCUUUUGUGAGCUACAAUGAAUGCAUCUGAUGAAGUGAGCUGUAGCUCACAAAAGUUUAUGCUCAAAUAAAUUUGUUAGUCUUUAAGAUGCCACAAGUACUCCUUUUCUUUUUGCAUAAUAUUGUAUUCUUAGUAAUGGCCUCCAUCUCCAGUUUAGUCUCUGGUGGUAUCUGUGAGCUCAAGGGCACAAAGUUCAAAGGAGUUUAUGCAUUUUAAAAACCAUAUUUCCAUCUCUGUGCAUUCUCCUAUUUACAUCAGUGGGAUUCCCCAGGAGGCUUUGCUACUGGAUUCCAAUACCGGAUAAGUGUCUUGGCCAUUUAUCUGCUUCCAAUUAAGACAAUAGACAAGUUAUUUUCCCCUAUGAAUAAAUCAAUAUAUAUAUUGGAACAUAGAUUACGGGAUUGGAAGGGGCCUCCUGGGUCGUGGAGUUCAGUUCAGCAACCCCAUCAUAUAACUCCAUUAAUAAAUUUAUUAAUAUUACAAUAGUUAGAUUGUUUAGUAUAUAUAAUUAAUAGGAAAUCAUAUCUUCUGCAGGUCAGCUUUCAACAUGAUGCAAUGGUUCAAGGAUUUGUCACUUUGUUUUGGCCUGAUCAUACAAAAUCUUAUGAGUACCCCUUAUUCAGAUGAGUACUCCCAUUGAGCUAAUGGAACAAACCAUAUGAGCCAAUGAUUCUUGUGUAAAUAAAAGUUUGCAGGAUCAGAAUUUUUUCCCCAAGUGAAUUAAAUAAAAAUGAGCAGGUUGCAUCGUUCCAGGCUUUUGACAAUAAUUUCACACGUAGCUUUGGAAAACAAUGUUAGGUAAUUGGGUACUUUUAUUUUAAGCCUUGUAUACAUCUGAAGAGGCAUUUCAUUGUAACUGCAAUCAUGCAGUCAUAGUUACACAAAUGAAAAGGAUAUUUAGACAUGCUGUCUAUAGUGUAUCUCAAUUAUUUUAAACAACAACCAUGUAAGGAGAGAGAAAUUGAAGGAAAAUCAUUGUUAGGGCUUGCUGGCAGAAAUUCCAUUAACUGGACAAAAGAUCAUGCCCUCAAAAGCAUCUUUUUUAAUGUUUAGUAUUUCUGAAUAAAGCAUAUACAUAAUGUUUGCCAUUUGAUCUUCUGACUAUUGGUACAUGUUUACACUUCAGCACCAUAUCUUUCAUGUAAAAGUUUUGACUAUCAGAUCAAGCUUUGUUAUCUGCAGUAAUUCAGUUUUCAUGCGGGAACCAAUAUAUGGGUAUGAGCCAAAGCAUACUGUAUUUUUUAUUUUACAUGAGAUAUUUUGUUACUUCAUGUAAAAAGAUCAAGACAAAUGUGGUACUAAGUUCACAUCAUUUUUUUUAUUAGAUGAAUGUUAAUGUAAAUGUAUUAAGCUUUAGAAAAAUGUGUUUGUACUGUAGUUGCUGUUUGUAUCAUGCCUAUGUACAUGUAUGGUUUUAAAAGAUAUUUUCAUUACACAUGGAAUUCAACUUUGCUAAUAAAAGUUUGACUUGAUGUAUUCUUCAAAUGCCUAA